CGCUGCUGGAGGAGCGCGCGGCCGCGAGCGACCGAGGGAGGGAAGGGAGGAAGCGAGGGAAGAGGGCGUGCGGCCGCGGGGUCCCGUAGCCAGGCGGCAGCAGCUGGAGGGAUCCAGGGCCGUCGAGUGGGCCGGGGAGAAGCGUGCACCGGGCGGCCGGCGCUGGCUCCCGCGGGCGGGAGACCGGAGAGGAGGAGGGGGUCGCUGCGGCGCGUCAGUCCGCGCAGCUCCGGGGUCGGGGUCUCCUCCCGGCUCUUCGGUCGCCCUCGGGGCCCCGCUCCCCGCCCCCCGCGGUAUGUCUUGAUCGCGAGCGGCGGGUUUCAUGGGGCUCCUCAGGAUUAUGAUGCCGCCCAAGUUGCAGCUGCUGGCGGUGGUGGCCUUCGCCGUGGCGAUGCUCUUCUUGGAGAACCAGAUCCAGAAGCUGGAGGAGUCCCGGGCGAAGCUAGAACGGGCAAUUGCAAGACACGAAGUCCGAGAAAUUGAACAGCGCCAUACACUGGACGGCCCUCGGCAGGACGUGCCUGUGGAUGAAGAGGAGGACAUUGUCAUCAUUUAUAACAGAGUGCCCAAGACUGCGAGCACCUCGUUCACCAACAUCGCCUACGACUUGUGUGCAAAGAAUAGAUACCACGUUCUUCACAUCAACACUACCAAAAAUAACCCAGUAAUGUCAUUGCAAGAUCAGGUGCGCUUUGUAAAGAAUAUAACCACCUGGAAUGAGAUGAAACCAGGCUUCUAUCAUGGACACAUUUCUUACUUGGAUUUUGCAAAAUUCGGUGUGAAGAAGAAACCGAUUUAUAUUAAUGUCAUCAGGGACCCUAUUGAGAGGCUAGUUUCCUACUAUUACUUUCUGAGGUUUGGAGAUGAUUACAGACCAGGAUUAAGGAGACGGAAACAAGGAGACAAAAAGACCUUCGACGAAUGUGUGGCUGAGGGAGGCUCAGACUGUGCUCCAGAGAAGCUCUGGCUCCAGAUCCCGUUCUUCUGUGGCCACAGCUCAGAAUGCUGGAAUGUUGGAAGCAGAUGGGCUAUGGAUCAAGCUAAGUAUAACCUAAUUAAUGAGUACUUCCUGGUGGGGGUUACAGAAGAGCUGGAAGACUUCAUCAUGUUACUGGAGGCAGCUUUGCCCCGAUUUUUCAGGGGUGCUACCGACCUCUAUCGUACAGGAAAGAAAUCUCACCUUAGGAAAACCACAGAGAAGAAACUGCCCAGCAAGCAGACCAUCGCCAAGCUGCAGCAGUCUGACAUCUGGAAAAUGGAGAAUGAGUUCUACGAGUUUGCCCUGGAGCAGUUCCAGUUCAUCAGAGCCCACGCCGUCCGUGAGAAGGACGGAGACCUCUACAUCCUGGCCCAGAACUUCUUCUAUGAAAAGAUUUACCCCAAGUCAAACUGAGUGUGGGUGUGGCCAGAGCUGCCUUGACCCAGAACGUGACUGUGUCACCACCCUCCUCAGCUUCCUGCUGAUGCUCGUGCGAGCCUCUCGCCGGGUUAGGGAACAGACAAGGAAAGAGAUGCGGGCGGACUGCCGUCAGAGUUCUCGGAGUUUUUAACUUUCAGGCAUUUUUAUUUUUUGUUGUUUUGUUUUCAUUUUCAUGAUAGUUAUAAUGUCCUCCCGGUGCAGGGAGAAGGGGGCUUACACUGCCUAAAACACACACACGGGAGUUUAGUCAGAAGGCUGAAUGCCAUUUCAGAAGAGGUUCUGAGUCUCUUGCUUUUGAUAAGCAUUUCUUCACCUCUCCUUGAGUGAAGAUGAAUCAAUUUGCCACUUACCCUUCUGGAGUUUGUGCCGCCACCUCUGCGGGAUAGUGCUAAUGACUGCGUGGCAGUAUCUGAUUUAUUUUUAUGAAUCAUGUCUCACAAAGUUUAUUAGAAUGUUUGAUCAUGUUUUUUCAACAUUACUGCUACAGUUGGGUUUGCCCAUAUUUAUGUAGGCUUUAUUUUAUUAUUCUAUUUGAUGAUCAUUAGUGUUAAAGAAAUCAACUUAAAACCAUAAAUAAUACUGUAAAAAGGUGAAAAGAGCUAAAGCAGUAUUCCUGACUCCUGUCGCCCCAGUAUCUAAGACUGGGGUGACGUUUCUAAGAAUGUGGACAUUAUCUGAGGCUUUCUUAAGGAUUUCCACAUAUCAAUAUCAAAAAAAUGAGUUUAAUAAUUGUUUCUUCAUGGCUUAUCUGUAACCCUGAACACUGACGAGUCGGUGAGUCCACGUGGCACCUCCAUCAGUGGGCGUGACGUGGGAGGAUUUGCCCACUUCUGUACUUUUACCUGUAGGCUAUUUUUACUACGGUGCUUUAUAAUGUGUUUUAAAGCAUUGCAUUUACAAAAGAAAAAAGGAAAAUGCUGUAAAUAUUGCAUAUUUUAUGUAUUUGGACCAAAAAGUUACAAGUAAGUAGACAACAGUGGUUUUGCACCCAUUUUAUUAUGUCAAGUAAAGUCGUGAGACCUCUUAUCCUAUUCUUGUAUUUCUCUCAAUGUUACUGUUACGAUGUCGCUAAAAUGAGCUAGCACAGCCUUUCAGUUUUGAUAGAGGACAUUGCUCACCCCUGAGGCAGUAGUGAUCAUGGAAAGAGUUUUAGAGUCUGAGGGUUUGAUCUCUGGUUCCAGCUCUGUACCUUCCUGCUGUGUGAUGUUAGGAAGUCACCUGACCUCUGUCUGCCUCGUCCUCCUCAUCUGAGAUCGGGACACUAAGACCUGCUGUACCUACCUCACAGGGAUGUGUGAGGACUGAGGAAGACGCCCCGGCGGAGAGCACCUUAAAAGCGUGGUGUGGUGUUCAACUGUGAGGUGUCGUCACAGAAGUAUCUCUAGCCUGUAGUUUCAUAGUCUCCAUUCUUUUAACAACAAAAAGGCAAAAUUCACUUUUAAGCUUUAUGAGAAAAAAAAAAACCUUUCUCUUGAUAUAAAUUUGUGUUUGAUAAAUAUCUUCUCAGUGUUUUAUCUUCCGUGCUUCAGCAACUAUUGAAAUGUGAACCACCUGGGAACUCUAGUGACUUGGGAUCGUCAUUAGCUGAUGAGGAGCAGAAAAGCCUUCUGCAAACUUGAAAGAUGUUCUUGCUUUUAUCUGACUUUGUCCUCCAAAAAACGGUGGCUAUUUUCCACCUGUGCUUGUUAAAGUGUAUUUUGUAGAGUUUAAUUUCUCUAUUAAUUCUUUACCUUCUCCCUCUUCACAUCCAGAAUUCAGAUUCCUCUCAGACACACUUUUCUAAAGGAGUAGUUAUUUGUAUGUUUAAAUAUUUCUAAACAGGACCUCAUCAAGCAAAGCAUUUUCAACAGAAGGCUUUAAAGUAUUUAUUAUGUAAUGGGGGGAGCAAGGAACACUGUAUAUCAGAAAGCACAAGGAUUAAAGGAAUGACUGAGUCACCACCGGCCCCACCAAGAUGAAAGUAUUAAGAGAACCUAGCAACAUUUUCCCUCCCCCUCCCUCUUUUCCAAUGAAAGUUUCUAGGUACCUGCUAAAAAUAAGUUGUUUUCUUACCCAAAGUGAAAGAGCCUUGUUGAGGCAAGCAUCUGGCUCUUGAGUAAAUCUGAAGUUAUUCUUGAGAAUUUGCACUAAGCAAACCCUUUUAGGUAGUUUGGGUAGCAUUUAGAACACUUAACUGUAAACUGUUCUCGUAAAAGACCAGAGUAAAUAAGUCAGGCCUCUGUGCAGCAACUCAGCUCUUACUGUUGCAAAGAAGCUGUCACAGACAAAGUAGAAACAAAGGACCAUGGUUAUAGCUUAGUAAAACCUUUAUUUACAAGCCAGAAGAUAUGCUAGGUACGGACCAUGAGCUGCAAGCCCUUGCACUGUGAGGGAUUGUCACAGAGACUCCAUGUACCAAGUACCCCAAAGACUUUCUGUACCCCCAAAUCUCCCAAAUUACCAUCCCAAGAACUGCUUUCUGACUCGGGCUCCCCUGAGGCUCCUUUGAUCUUAUGUACAUUGCUUUCAUGUGACUUGUUUUCCUAAUUCACUGGUACAAAAUUAGGAUUUAUUUUAUUUUAUUUUAUUUUAUUUUUUUUUGGAGUAACUGGCUUCAAAGUGUCCUUUCUGGAGACUGAGAAAGGGGUAGGUUUGCUUCUGUGGCAGUCCUGAGUCCUUAGAAUUUGUAACUUUAUAAUCGAAUGAAUAGAACCACUGAGACAAUGUGUAUUUUUUAAAUGUGACAAAUACUUUUUUUUUUUUUUUUUUUUUUUUUUUUUUGGCCUUCGUGCUUUUUCAGUAAUUUGACCUUAGGGAGAUGGUUUGUAUAAGAUAAUAAAGCAAAAUAACCACUUUGAGUUUUGAAGAUAAUGUCAAUGUGUAUAUGUAUCUAUGUUUAUUUCCUACAAAUGAAGAGGUAGCACUUUGUGUCCAGUUUGUACCAACUGUCUCCUUAUUGCUGUGAAAUGGCAACUGUUGAUAACCCCAUUGUAUUUGAAAAUGUAGUGGAGAGGAUAUAUUUUGAUUUCACCUGGCUUUAAUUUGUAAAGUGUCACUUAAAUAUAUCUGGUAGCAACCCUUGAAGUACUGCAUGGCAGUUGCUUCUGUGUCCCCUGAUGCAGUCACACAGUGUCUAACAUCCUGCUGCUUCUGGCCUCCUGAGGAUUGGAUUUAAAUAUCCAAAACCUACAAAACUGAAAGUUACCAGCUUUUAAAAUGCUUCCAUUUUCCUUCUGUUCUGAAAAUCUAGCUAACACCCAUAGUUUGGACUCGGUUGAUCUUCUUCAUUACGUGUCCUAUUGGAAACCCCUGAAAUUGUCUGCUCCGUCAGGGAACUUACCAGAGUAUUUUGAUGUUGUAUUUGCAUAGAUAGAUAUGAAAUAGUUUGUAGAUGACAAUCCUCUUUUUUAAUAAAAGGAAUUUUUUGAAAAA